AUGAAUAACCCGAAUGUUGAUGAUCAUAAUCUUCUACUCAUUUCACAGUUGUACCCUAAUGUCUAUCCUCCAUUUGUACCACAACAAGCAGAAGAAUCGAAACCAGCACCACGGCGAAGGAGGAGGAAGAGCAAAAGUGUUGCGGUGGUGGAGGAAGGUGGAGAUGGAAGCAACGGAUGGUUUAGGAAGAGGAAGCUGAGUGAUGAGCAAGUAAGAAUGCUUGAGAUUAGCUUCGGAGACGAGCAUAAGCUUGAAUCGGAAAGGAAGGAUCGUCUUGCUUCGGAGUUAGGACUUGACUCUCGUCAAGUCGCCGUCUGGUUCCAGAACCGCCGUGCGCGGUAUAAGAACAAGCGGCUUGAGGAUGAAUACACAAAGCUCAAGAACGUACAUGAAAACGUCGUCGUUGAGAAGUGUCGUCUUGAUUCUGAGGUUCUUAACCUAAAGGAACAACUCUACGAAGCUGAAAGAGAGAUCCAACGAUUGGCACAAAGAGUCGAAGGAGCUUCAAGCAACAGUCCAAUCUCAUCCUCUGUCUCCGUCGAAGCUAAUCAUACGACACCGUUUUUUGGAGAUUACCAAAUCGGACAAGACGGUGAUUGUUACGAGAAUUUGUUCUACUCACCGGAUUACAUUGGUGGAUUAGAGUGGAUGGACCACUUUACUAGUUAA